AUGUCAUUAACUUUGAAAAAGUUAGGGAUUGAGUAUAAGGAAAUAUCUUUAGCUCAAGCUAAUGAAGCAAGUUAAUCUAUAAGACAAAUGAGAUUGGAAUAAAUAUUAGUUGGAGAUUGCGAAAACUUUGGUUGGUAAAACCUCAUCAAUAGACAUGACUUGAUUUAAGUUAAAAACUUAGAUAAGACAUCAAAAGAUUCAAAGAAAAAAAACUUAACCAAAACUUUAUUUAUCUUUAGUAAUUCAAAUCCUUUAAGGAAAGGAAUAACAUAACUGAUUUAGAAUUAGUAAGAUAAUUUCAAUUUAAUAUAGAAACUAUAAAUAUUUUAUAAUCUUAAUUGCAGCAACAUGUCUAAUACCAUAUUGUAUUAAUGAAAAAAGAUUGGCAAUAAGUAUAGAAGUAGUAUGUAAUAUUAUAUUUGGUUUUGACAUUCUAUUAUUUAUGAUAGCAUAUGGUGUGAUUUUAGAUAAAAAAAGCUAUCUAAGAGAUUGUUGGAAUAUUGUAAAUGUUUUAGCAUUUAUUUUUACUUGGUUUAUAUUUCUGGAAGACAAUAAAGUUAAUGAUGUUAUUAAAACAAUUAGAAUUUUACGAUUGUUUAGGCUUAUAUAGGAAAUACCCCUAUUAAGAAUUUAGUUUACAGCUUAUGUGAGUAGUUUUUUAAAGCUUAAAUAAGUACUAAUUCCAAUAUUUUUGGUGAUGAUUUAUUUUGCAAUAAUUGGAUUACAUUUAUUUAUAGGAUUGACAGAGAAAAGAUGUAGAAUAACACCAGAACCAAUUGAUGGUGUUUGGUUGGCUGAUGAUGAAGUUUUAAAACUUUGUGGAAUUUGGGAAUGUCCUGAGAACUUAUAUUGUGGAAGUCCAGUUGAUCAUAAUCUUCCUAAAAAUAUGACUGAAAAUGAUGUGGCUGAUUUUAGUUGGGAUUUUAUUAGGUUUGAUGACUUUUUUCAUUCUUUAUUAGUUGUCUUUACAUUUUUAAAUGUUACAGGAUGGUCUGGAACAACAUUCAUGGUAUUUCUAUUUAAAAUAUUCAACUUAGUUUUGGAAAGCUAUGACUACUUAUGUUACAGCAACAUACUUUUUAGUUUUAAUUGUGUUAUUAGCCUUUAUAUUAUCCAAUUUAUUAUUAGCAUUGUUUUAUGAAUCAUUUAUGGAGAAAUCUUCAAUAAAGAAUUCUUCAAGUAAAGCAAAAAAAUAAGAGUAGGAAAUUGAAGAAGAUUUGAAAAAAAAAAAUUAGGAAUAAUUAAUGAAUAGGUUGGCUUUGAUGAGUAAAUCAAAAGGAUAAUUAGUAGGUCACAAUUAAUCUUUUAAUGGUUAAUUGCCUUUUGAUUAAUAAUUUCAAUUCGAUUAAACAACUUAAUAAUAAUAAGAAUAAAUAAGAUUUUUUGAUUCUCUUUCAAAUUCUAAAAAUUUCAAUUUUAUAAAUAACUUAUGUAUAAUUUUAUCAGCUUUAGCAAUAAUAAUUGACUAUAAAGGAAUUUCGAAAAGGGCUUUAGAAUAAUUAUAAAUGGUUGAUUUCUUUUGUAUUGUUUAUUCACUAGUGGAAAUGGCUAUUUUAAUAUCAGGUAAAGGUUUGAAAGGAUAUUUUUCUAAGGACAUAAACAAAUUUGAUUUCUUUGUAAUAUCCAGCUAAUGGAUAUUAAUUUUUGUAUUAGUAGUAAUAGAUGAAUCAUUAGUUAUAAAUCACAAUGUUUAUGUUACAUUUUUCAAAUCAUUAAAGAUUUUGAGGGUAUUUAGAUUUGUUUAUAAUGCCAAAUUAUUUUACACAAUAACUUUAUUAAUGAGAUCAUUGGUAAACACAUUAACAAGACUUAAGAGUAUUUUGGCACUUUGGGCAUGUUUGGUAAUAUUAAUAGCAGUAGUUGGAAAAAGUCUGCUUUAAGAUAAAUUAUAAGAAGAAGAAAUGACAAUUUAUUACGAUGAUUUUGGCUCAGCUUUAAUGGCUGCAGUAAAUAUAUUUUAUAACGAAGAAUGGCAUGUGACAAUGUAUAAAUAUGCUCGUCAUACCUAUGUUUCAUUUUUCUAUUCCAUUUUCAGUGUCAUAUUAGGUUAAAUAUUUUUUAUCAGAUUAUUGAUGGCCGUUUUUUUGAAUGAAUUUGUUUAACAAUUAAAAAAAAUAGAGGAAGAAUUGAAACCUAUCGAUUUUAAAUAAUUUAUACAAUCCAUAUUAUAAUGUUUAUAAUCAAAGGAUAAAAAGAAGAAUUAAAAAAUAACUAAAUAUAUAACUUAAAAAUCAGAUGAAAAAAAUUAGAUAGCAGAAGAAAGUGAAGCAAGGCCAAAGAAAGACAAAAACAAUGAAAAUAGAAUUAAUUCAAUAUUAAAUUAAAAUGUGCCUUAAUAAGAACUUGACGAACUUUAGAAUUGGUUAUAAGUUGAUCUCUAAAAAUAAGAACAAUAAGAGAUAAAAUCUAAUUUGAGUAAUAAUAAUGUAUAAAAUGAGAGAGAGAGUGUUCGAAAUUUGAAUUAAACAAAGAGUAAUAUUAAUAUAUCGAAAACAGAAUAAAUUGUAGAUUCAUUUAUAUUUUAACUUUUUGCUUUAUUAAUAGUUUUAGCCAGUACAAUAAGAGUUGGAAUGACUACUCCAUUUCUUGAUCCGAAUUCAGACACCAGUUAGAUAUUAAAAAUAGUUAACAUAACCACAACUAUAUUAUUUAUAGUUUAGAUUAUUUUAAAUAUAAUAGCAAGAGGAUUUAUAAUAGGUGAGAAUUCUUAUAUUUAAAGAUCUCCUUACAAUAUUUUAAAUGUAAUAGUAACAUUGGUUGAAAUUAUCAGCUUAUUUGCUCCUAGCCAUACGAUAUUUCAUUUUUUUUCAAGUUUAAGAAUUAUUGAAUUUAUAAGAAUUGGUGCAUUAUUGAAUACUAGUAUUAAUUAUAUUUCUUAAGCAUUGCUUAAGGCUUUUUAAACAAUGAUUUAGCUUAGUAUCUUUUGUUUUAUUAUAUUACUGAUUUAUGGAACUUUUGCGACAAAAAUACUUAAAGGAGCAUUUUUUUAUUGUUCAGGAAUUUCAAAUGAAGAGGAAUAUAUAAUAAAUGAUAAAUGGGAUUGUCUUGAUCAUGGAGGAUCAUGGAUUAAUAGAAUUUUAGGAUAUGACAAUAUAUUUGACAGUGCAUUAACUUUAUUUGUGACAGCAACUACUGAAGCAUGGUUGGAAAUAUUAAUUCAUACCUGGAGUGCUAGAGGAGUAGAUUUAACACCUUAGAAUAAUAACAAUAGAUGGUGGGCAGUUUACUUUUAAGUAUUUUUUUUUAUUGGAAAUAUUUGCAUGCUUAAUAUGUUUAUAAGUUUAGUAGUUGAAACAUAUUAAUAAACGAAAAUUAAGGCUUAAGGAAUGUCAGAAUUGGAUAGUAAUCAAAGAGAGUGGUUGUCAAUAAAAUAAAGCAUUAAUCACUUGAAACCAAGAAGAUUAUAUGAAAAACCAAAAUCUAAAGUUGGCUUGUUUAUUUAUAGCAUUGCAGAAAGCAAAGCAACAAAAUAUUUUUGGCAUGCAUUAAUCUUGUUAAAUACUUUUACUUUAGCCUUAUAUUAUGAUAGAUAAGACAAAGAUUUUAUAUAAGCACUUGAUUUAAUAAAUCUUAUUUGUACAUUAUCUUUUACUGUAGAAGUAUUAUCUAGAGUUAUUGCUAAAUUUCCAAACAUUUAUGAUCGUGAUCCUUUUAUAAUAGUAGAUGUUUUAGGUAUUAUAAUUAAUCUUGUGAAUUAAUUUAGUAUAUCUUAAAUGAACGAUUAAUUCUAUCUUUAAAGAGGAUUUGAAGCUCUUUCAGUUGGAUUUUAGUUACUCAGAAAUUAUUACAUUAUAAAGUAAGUUUUACUAUUUACUAUUUUUAGACGCUUUCCUGAAUUAGAAAAACUAUUUCAUACAAUAUUCUCUGUUGUACCUUCUGCUCUAUCGAUGUUAUUUAUCAUGUUUAUAUUUUUAUUUAUAUUUGCAUGUUUGGGAAUGGAUUUAUUUGGUUAUUUAAGACCAUAGAAUAAGAUGGAAGGAUUUGAUUUGCAUUUUAAAAAGUUCACAACUGCAAUGUUCUCUUUGAUUAGAGUUGCAAGUUCUGAAGAAUGGUGGGCUUUACUUAUUGAUUCUGUAAGGAUCAGAAAUCCUGAUUUUGCAUGCAUUUAUAUUAAUAAUUAUGAGGAGUUUUAAUUGUAUGGAUAUAAUGGAUGUGGUACCCAUUGGGCCUAUGUAUUUUAUGUAUCAUUUCAUUUGAUAUUUUCACUUGUUAUUUUAAAUUUAUUUAUUGCCUCCAUUUUAGGUGCUUAUGAAGAACAUGCCAAAUAGGAAUAAAGUGCGAUAUCUAAAUAUUAAUUGCAUGAUGUUUUAAAUUAUUGGGCAUAAUAUGAUCCAAAAGGAACUGGAUUCUUGAAUUAUAAACAAUUCUGGAAAUUAUCUUCAGAAAUAGCUAUUUGCUUUGGAGUUCCAGUAAAAGAAUUAUUAGAUCCUGCAAAUAAAAAGAAUUUCUUGAAGGCUUUAAACAUUCCUUUAUAUGAAGAUGGAGAAGGAUUGAUAGGUUAUCUAUUUCAUGAUGUUAUUGUAAGUUUAACUAGAUUAUCAGUUGAAUUAAAAUAUGGUGUGAGAGAGUAUUAUUCAAUAAUUAUUUAAUAGUUUAGAAUCUGAUACUUAUAAAGGUAAAGAAUUUGUACAUCAAUAUUACAAAAAAUUCAAGAAGACUCCCUAUUAUAGCGGUUAGAUGUCUACAAUGAUCUACUUGUAAGCUAAAGCUAGAAUGUUGAUAAACAAAAAAAAAGGUGUAAAAUGUCUUGAUAUUGGUGCUUUGAAAUAAGAACUUCAAUGUUAAAAUGAUGGUGAUAAAUUUGAUAAUUCUUGA